AAAUGGAAAAAUUCUCACGCAAGAGUCGCUCUCACUGGUGGCGCUCGGAGCUGAGUGAGCGCACAUUGCAGCUUAUGGGAGAAUUUUAAUUACUAACUUGUCGUCGUUUGACCGGGGAAAUGUGCAGUGAUAAAACAAUUAUGGUCAGUGGUGGUAAAUUGUGCAGACAGCUACGAGAAUUGAACCGGCACCGGUGGAUUGGAAUUAGCGGAACAAGCAGCUACGUCUCAUGUGUGCGAUAGCAGUGGCAGGAGCAGUGACAACGACGUCGGUAGAGCGACAGAAGAUGAAGAAGGAACUCCGCUCCUGCACCGCGUGCGGCGAACCGAUCUCCGACCAGUACCUGCUCGACGUUGGCGGCUGCUCGUGGCACUCGGCCUGCCUCCGGUGCUGCAUCUGUCACACCCCGCUGGACCAGCAGCCGUCGUGUUUCCUGCGGGACCGCCAGAUCUACUGCAAAGCGGACUACGCGAGCACGUUCGGCGCCAAGUGUGCCCGCUGCAGCCGCAGCAUCUCCGCCUCGGACUGGGUCCGGCGGGCCCGGAAGAUGAUCUUCCACCUGGCGUGCUUCGCGUGCGACAGCUGCGGCCGCCAGUUGUCCACCGGGGAGCAGUUUGCGCUGGCCGACGAUAAGGUGCUGUGCAAGAAGCACUACUCGGAGUUUUUCGACUGCGGAACGUCCAGCGAUGAUGGCUGUGAAGCGGAUGGCUUACAGAAGAGUAACAAAAGCAAACGUGUCCGGACGACCUUCACCGAGGAGCAGCUGCAGAUUCUGCAGGCCAACUUCAACAUCGACAGCAAUCCCGACGGGCAGGAUCUGGAGCGGAUAGCUUCGGUGACGGGACUGAGCAAACGGGUCACCCAGGUGUGGUUCCAGAACUCACGAGCUCGCCAGAAGAAGCACGUUCAAGUUCCUUCCAACGGUGACAUGAAUCCGUUCGCCCGACACAUCAACCUGCAGCUAUCGUACACGUUUCAGCAGGCCAACGUAGGUCACGGACCGAUGCACAUGGGUCCGGGACCGCCGAUGCACGGACAUUCGGGCGGUUCGGGAAGUUCUGGAUUUGGCAGCAUCAAUCACAACAACAACAACAACAAUACAGUUGUGUCCUCGAAAUCGUCUCCGUACAGCAGACAUGAAUCUUCAUUUGAUGAACUAUCGGAGGAUUCGGCGAUUCACUGCAUGCAGAGCGAAAUUUAGCAAGAGAUAAGAAUAUGGUCCUCUUAUUCUGUGAAAUGACAGUAUUUAAGA